AUGUUCAAUUUUGCAAAAUCAAUGCUACUGGCGGUUUCCGCUAGCGUCUUAAAUCCUGUACUUGGAGCCGCUACAGUCAGAAUCAACGCGCUUGGAGACAGUAUCACUGGAUCUCCAGGUUGCUGGCGUGCUCUUUUGUGGCAGCAACUGCAGAAUGCCAACAUCAAGAACACCGAUUUUGUAGGAACUCUCGCUGGUCAAGGCUGCGGAUUUACAUACGAUGGUGAAAAUGAUGGGCAUGGUGGAUUUCUUGCUACUGGCAUCGUAAAAAACAACCAACUUCCCGGUUGGCUUAGCAUUUCAAAGCCGGAUAUCGUUAUGAUGGAGCUCGGCACCAACGACGUAUGGAGUCAUCUGCCGACUGAAACGAUCGUUGCUGCACUCACCAAGCUGGUAGACCAAAUGCGUUCUCAAAAGCCAACCAUGAGAGUUCUCGUUGCUCAGAUCACACCUAUGAACCCCAGUGGUUGUUCAGAUUGCAAUCAAGGGGUGAUAAAUCUCAACAAGGCCGUUGUCGCUUGGGCACCUACCAAGUCCACCGCUGCAUCGCCAAUCAGCGUUGUCGAUUGCUUCACAGGUUUUAACACCGCAACGGAUACAAACGACGGAGUACAUCCGAACAAUUCUGGUAAUGCAAAGUUGGCGAAUUGCUGGUUUACACCAUUAAAGGCCGCUAUCGCUUUAGCGGGUGGCAAUACGACUACUGUAAUUCCUUCGGCGUCUACAAAUUCUAAACGAUAA